AUCUUUUACCACCUAUUCAUAAGUUUAUCCACACAAAGUAAGAUGCAAUUUUUUUGGAACAAAGUAAGAUACAAUUAAGUGAGAGAAUGAAGAGAUUAUCAACACCAAUCCUCCCAACAUGAGAAUAACUAAUCCAUCAUUUAGUUAAGUGCCUAAUUAAUUACUCUAAUUAACUAACAAACUUGAUGAGGCGAGGUGGCAGUUAGUUUAACUAACUAACUAACUAACUAGAAAACGGUUAGGAGAAGUUAGUUACAGUUAUUUGUGAAGCAAGCUUUGAAAUGAAACAAACAAGUAUACAUACACACACUGAAAAUCCAUUAUUAAACAUCUCUGAGUCUUGGAAGAAGCCAUUAUUCUGCAUUCUCUUUUAUUCUUGUUUCUGUGAAAGAAGUUGAAAGAAAUCACAGAACACCAUGACUGGAUCACCAAGAUCUUCAAAGCCUGGAGGAUCAUCGCCAUCACCAAAGCCUGAAUCACCGCCAUCAUCAAAGCCUGAAUCAUCUUCAAGAUCUUCAAAGCCUGAAUCACCACAAUCAUCAAAGCCUGAAUCAUCUUCAAGAUCUUCAAAGCCUGAAUCACCACAAUCAUCAAAGCCUGAAUCAUCUUCAAGAUCUUCAAAGCCUGAAUCACCGCAAUCAUCAAAGCCUGAAUCACCUUCAAAAUCAAAGCUGAUCGACAUUCCUCAACGGAUACUACGAGAUUUCCAACUGGAAUCAUCAUCAAAGCUUGGAUCGCCGGGAUCAUCAAAGACUGAAUCACCUUCAAACAUUCCUCAGAGGAUACAGCGAGAUUUCAAACUGGAUUCACCAUCAAAGCUCGGAUCGCCGCGAUCACCAAAGCCUGAAUCACCUUCAAACAUUCCUCAAAGGAUACAGCGAGAUUUCAAACUGGAUUCACCAUCAAACCUUGGAUCGCCGCGAUCAACGAAGUCUGAAUCACCUUCAAAGCUUGGAUCGCCGCAAUCAUCAAAGCCUCAAUCACCUUCGAUGCUUGGAUCGCUGCAAUCAUCAAAGCCUCAAUCACUUUCAAAGCUUGGAUCGCCGCAAUCAUCAAAGCCUGAAUCACCUUCCAAGAUUCCUCAAACGAUACAACGAGACCUCCAACAGGACUCACAUGGACAUCAUCCACCAUCGGAUUCUCCAAUUCGACGAGAAACGUCAACACCUCAACCACCUCCAUCUUUUCUCUCAUCUGAUAGCUCUCCUGAAACAUCACCAACAAAAACUCCUGCCAACUCUCCGGAACCUUCACCAACAAACUCUGCUGAACCGUCACCAACCGAAUCUCCACAGGCCAAUUCGGAACUAACUUCCGAUCUUUCACUGCCACCGCCCCCUCCUGCUCUGAAAAUAAUGCGAUACCGUCCGGAUCCGAUUGUGCUACGACUACCACCGCCAGCUCCUCCGCCUGAUAAUUCACCUUUCCUCACCAACAUCUUAAUCGGCUUAGUCAUUGUGAACGUCUUUAGUAUUGGUUGUUGGGUGAGGUGGCUCUCACACGUCAAAUAUGAGAAGCAGAAUUAAGAUUGCAACUUUGUGGCAGAUUUUUUUUGGUUUAAUUUCUUUGAGAUUAAUGUUGAAUGUUGAAUAUAUGAUUUGUUUGUUAGCAUUAACACAGUUAUGUACUGUAUAUUGUUAGAUAUACGCAGAUGGAUAUGAUAGAUAUAGAUACAGUUCCUUUGCUUUUUUACACAAUAUAUGAUGUUACAUU